AUGGCGCGGUAACACACGGGUCCGAGAGGCUCGCUCGGCUCCCCUAGCCAGGGGUGGCAGGGGGGGAGAACAGCCGACUUGCCUCUACACAAACAACAACAACAUCAACACUUGCAGCAGCGCACGGCGAAAUGGCCACAGCUCCGGCGGGCCCCGCGUCUGCCCCGGGUUCCCCGUCUGCCAGGGACACCAACAACAUGCUCUUCCUGGCAGCCGAGGCGUCCAGCGCCGGCAACUUCGAGCUGGCGGCGGACAUCUACGGCUGCGAGCUGCAGAGGCGUUUGCCGCCCGGUUCGAGUCCCGGUCCCGAUGACAGCGGCGGCGAUGGCAACAGCAGCGGCAGCAACCUCCAGCAUUGCCACCAGCAUCACCAGCAGCAGCAGCACUGCCCGGCCACGCAGGAGCUGCUGCUGCGGCGCGCUGACGCUUUGGCCGGCGACGGCCGCCUCCGCGCCGCCCUCGACGACUACGCGGCCGCGCUGCGCCUCGGCCGCCUGCAGCCCGGCCGCCUCGACGCGCUCAUCGACUGCCUGGCGCAGCGCCUGCGGGCCCACAGGGGACUCGGGGCCGCCACGGGGCCCGCGUCUGGGUCGGCGUCAGAGACGACUCGGAGGGGAUCCGUGUCUGCGUUCGCAGCGGAGUCGAGGUUGGACACCGGCUCUCAGUCGAGUUCUGCCGCGUCCGUGUCCGGGUCUCGGCAGGAGCCCCCCCACCACGUGUCGGGGAAUGCGUCCCCAACCUGCUGCGGUCACCUGUCAAGUUUGGAAUCCGGUGCCGGCUCUGGGUCUGGUUCGGGGACCUGCUCCGGGCAAGGGUCAGCAGCGAGACCACAGGCUGCUGCCACCGGAGUCGGAAUUGGGAAUGCGGUUGGCCUCGAUGCGGGGCAAUGCGCAAAUACUCAGCCGCCGGUGAGAACCGCGUUGAGAAGUAGCCCAGAGGCACCGACUGACACGCAUUCUGAGACUGGGUCGGGAUCCGAGCCGGGGGCUGAGGCCGUGCCGGGCAAAGGGGGGGCGGGUGGGACUCUGGAGAGCGGUACAGGACCCGGCUACACGCGGCCAGGAGGAUUGGGCACUGGGGGGGCAGUAGGACACAUGGAGGAGAUGGCUUCUGGCGCAGCGGCCGAGCAGGGAAUGAAGCUGGGCACUGGGCAGGUGCCCUCGUCCGUCCUGGGGCCUCUCCUGGGACCUGGUCACGGAGCGGGCCAGGCUGUGUGGCCGUGCCACGGCGCUCCGGGCGCCGGUGCAGCCAUCGGGCAGUCGCACGGGGCGACGAGAAGCCGCGCUCAGCUCCUCCAGGAGCCCAGCGGCGGCUGCUGGGACCCAUUGAGCUGCCCGCUGUGCCGUGGCCUCCUGGUGGAGCCGAGCACGGGCCCCUGCGGCCACAGCUUCUGCCGCCGCUGCCUGGAGAGGGAGGGCCCCGAAGUGUGCCGCGUGUGCGGCGCGGAGCUGAGGCGCAUGGACGUGGCGGUGUGGCGGGUGAACGUCCUGGUCAGCGCACUGCUGCAGAAGCUCUUCCCGGCCGAGAGCAAGGCGGCCACGCUGCGCUACGAGGGCAACGCUCUGUGUGGCCUCAAGAGGCUGGACGAGGCGCUGGUCACCUACACAGAGGCGCUGAAGCUCGUGCCCCACGACCACCUGCUGCUCAGCAACCGUGCCCAGGUGCACGUGGCGAAGCGCAGCUACGAGGGUGCACUGUGCGACGCCGAACUCGUGUGCCUGCUCCAGCCGCUGUGGUCCAAGGGUUACCUGCGCAAGGGACAGGCUCUGCGAGGCCUGGGCCAGGUGGAGCGGGCCCUCACGGCGUUCCUCACGUGCACGGCACUGGAGCCUGGCCUCCGUGCUGCUCGCACCGAAGCGGAGAAGAUUCUGUGGGAGGUGCUCGCCCCCAACACGGAGAGCAUGUGCGAGGGGCUGAGGCCCCCCUCUCCGCACAGCCGCAGCAAGGAGACGCUGUUCUUCCCUCUGGCCCAAAACCACUGGGACCCCCCCUUCGCCUCCGCACGUCACAUUAAUAUCUGUUCUGAGCAAGAUGGGGAGAGUUGGACUGAGCAGGAGGAGGGAGCUGGGUGCAGCGCCCGAGCAGGGUCCCUAUGCAGUGAGGGCCCAGCCCAGGCCCCUGUGGCAGCUGUCAACGCAGCGCAUGGCAAAGCGGCGCCGGCAGAGCGGGAGAGGGCGGCCGAGUUGACCGCCCGUGUUCCGUUCAAACGGAAACUCGGCGAUGCGAAAGACGAGAUCACCAAACGGCUCAAGACGGAAGGUGGUGAACCGGGAGCCGACCUGCAGCAGGGGGCCAGCACGGGCAGGAGGUGGAUGGUGCAAGCCAACCUCAUCGAUGCCUCUGACCUGGAGUGCUCCCUCUGCAUGCGCCUCUUCUACGAGCCGGUGACGACCCCGUGUGGACACAGCUUUUGCCGGAAAUGCCUGGAACGUUGCCUGGACCACACCCCCAAGUGCCCCCUCUGCAAGCAGACACUGGCUGAGUACCUGGCACAGCGGACAUUCCCCCAGACUGUGCUGCUGGAGGACAUCAUCUCUACCUGCCUCCCUAACGAACUGGCCGAGCGCAAAAGCACACACGAGCAGGAGCUCGCUGAGCUCGCCAACCUCAACAAGGACAUGCCGAUCUUCGUGUGCACCAUGGCAUUCCCCACCGUGCCGUGCCCCCUGCACAUCUUUGAGCCGCGCUACCGCCUCAUGGUGCGGCGGGUGGUGGAGGCCGGCACGCAGCAGUUCGGCAUGUGCCCUGCCGACAACGUGCAGGGGUUUGCGGAUUAUGGAUGUGUGCUCAAGAUCCGCAGUGUGGAGUUCUUCCCGGACGGACGCUCGGUGCUGGACACGGAGGGGCUCCGGCGGUUCAGGGUGCUGGCACGCAAGCAGAAGGAUGGCUACAGCACAGCCGACAUCGAGUACCUGGAGGACACCAAGGUGGAAGGAGCUGCGCUCACGGAUCUAUGUAGCCUGCACGAGUCUGUGUACAGCCAGGCGAGCUCCUGGUUCUCCAUGCUCAAGGAAAACAUGCGCCACCAGAUCCUGCAGCACUUUGGUCCCAUGCCGGGCAAGGAACCCGAUCCCCAGCUGGGCCCCGACGGACCCAGCUGGUGCUGGUGGAUGCUGGCCGUGCUGCCGCUGGACAUCCGAGCCCAGAUGUCCAUCACGUCGAUGACGAGGCUCGUGGAGAGGCUGGUGGCGAUUCGCCGUAUCCUCAUACUCAUGACCCGCACACGUGCGCAAUAGGCAAGACUGCAUCGCGCACGAACAUGUGAUGAGGCAGCAGUCGCCUCCGCGGGACCGGUGUCGGAUUGCUGCACGCCAGGCACAUCAGUGCUUCCUCACCCUUAUGCAAAUAGCCAUGAUGUAGUCGCUGGGCACAGCGUCUAGUUUGGUAACAUGACUGCGUUGUACUUAUGCAGAACACUGGUGGGAGGGAAAAACAAUGCCUUUCGGUGACCAGGCAGGGGCAAUCAGAUCAUCUCCUGGAUACUGAAUUUCUGGAGAGCUGCGCGCAUACCCUCCAAUGGGCAUCACCAAGUUCACUAAUGGUCACUUGCCGUACCCAACCAUCGAUGCCUACUGAUCUUAAGUGGCUCUAUAGUUUUCUUGAUUAUGCAGAGAGCAGGUAUUUGCUAGUUCGGUUGGUUGAAUAAUAAAUGUACGGUUUAAUCUGUUACUUCGUAGGCAAUAGAGUGCUCUUUAUGUACACAAUAAUUGUAUAUAUCUGUAUAUAGUUGUGUGUGUGUAUAUAUAUGUUUGUAAAUGUGUACAUUUGUGUGUUAGUAUCUGUAUAGGUAAAACAUUCAGGUGCAAUGAAAGAAUAAAGCAUGGGCUGUACAGCUCCAGUAGAUAUGCCUCUGUUAGCUAACAGAUUGGUCUCAUAGGGAUUGGACUGAUCUCCCGAUUGUCUUAGAUGGUCAUUGUGAUUAAUGAAUGGGACAAAUUGAAACGGAAUGCAAAACUACGCAACGUUGAGAACACGGGACUCUGCUAACAAGAGACAUCACAAAUCACGCGCACUUAAGUCUUCACCCAACUGAGCUACACAAACACAUCCUCGAUGUACAAGAUCAGAUGCUGGACAUAGUCUAUGUGACACUCAUUUAUGCAAUAAACUCUCGCACACGUGCAGUAGUUUUAACGCAGAUGCUCAAAGUGACAGCCGUGGAUUUUGUGUGCAUUUUUUUUUAGUGUAAUAGUAAUAUGCACACACGCACGUGGUAAGGCCGAUUGAUACAUUUUUUAAAAAUAAGGUGCCGUGGCCAGCAUCACACUUGGCUUUCGUGUCCCCGUAGCCGAUGUCGGCACAUAGCACGAGUCAACUUAGGCUGAGUCAACAUAAGGGAAGACCAGGCAACAUUACAUACAAAGAUCCCCCGUAUAGCCUGAACAGACUAUUGUGCCAAGUGCUGUUAGCGAGCACCUAUCAAGGCCGGCACGGAACAUGAGGGGGUUGGUGGCCAACACCACGCCCUGCCGCUUUUGUCUCCCCAGUGAUGAUGUUUACACAUCACACUUGGAACUCAUUUAAUGCUGAGUCGACCUAGGGGAGGACCAGGACCGGCUCAGAUAAUCGUCACAUUACAUAUACACACUAAAAGAGAUACACACACACAAACACAUCCGUGUCUCUUUGACAAUCCAGUAUGCGUCUAAUUUAAACGUGUGUUUAGGUGUGCUUUGUAUCGCCUCUCGUGGCAAGCUCGGGCACAAUUAAAUACGAGCAUUGAACACAGAGGAGGGGGGCUUCAAGUGACAAAAUUGUCUGUAUGCAAUGUGAAGCAUAUUUUUUUCUAUUCCAUGCCUCACUCUUUCUAAGAGAAAAUGCAGCCAGGAAGUGCUGUGGACAUGACACUCGUUGAACGUUGACUGCAUGUGUGAUGUAUCUCAACUCUUGCGAGAAUAUGUGCUGUGAAUAAACAGUCCUGCAGAGAGUAUCUCAAGAUGACCCUAUAAGUGUUGGAAUUACAUUUUAUGCAGCAAUUUUUUUCCGAAGGCUUGCGUUGCUCUCAUUUUCGCCUGCUGCGAUUUCAUUUUAAAGCAGCUGCGGUACAUUCAGCGUGCCAAGCCAAGCCCGUGCAAUUAUUGCAGUUGCGUGUGGUGGGUUGGAAUUGGUCACGUGUUAAAUGUGGGCUCAUUGCAUACCGGUGGAGUUAUGGUGGCGUUUAAGCUCUUGUUUUGAUGGGACACAUUUAAGUGGUAAUGAAUGUGUAGAAUUGGAUUUAAAAGGUGGGGUGAUUAGGAGCCAUUACUUACUUCAUUGUGUUACAGAUGGGACUCAUAAUCUCUGUACUUUGCAUCCCUGUACAUACAGCUCACCUGACCCACUGAUGCAAGGGUAAAAUGGGUAUUACAAAGCAGCGAACCAUAGUAUGCGAAUGUCUGUAAUUGACACAUCAGAUCCUUUUAUAAAAACACAUUUUGAAACCCUACUACAGCCCACCGUUGAAUGUCGCCAAAAGUUGAGAAUGUGGGGCAAAUUUAGUCGGAACCUAACAAUUUAAAUUUGGUUUGAGAAGACUAAUACACUUGGUUUGCAAGCUAGUUCCUUGGAUAAAAGCCAAUUUCCCUUUUUUAUGAAGUUAUGAGCAGAUUCCUGAAUUAUAAAAUGAAGUAACGAACCUUUUUAUAAAUCAUGCCUGAUCUGCCAUACUAGAGUGACUUAGGGUGUUGGCUCUAUACAAAUCUGGAUUUAUAUUGGUAUCGUGAUGCAAAUUUAUGGACGGAAUGCUGCAGUAAUCUCCACUGACUAUGAUCAAUGGUGAGACAGUAAAAUAUGUAAUGCCUUGGUUUUCAGUUAAUUGGAAAUGCACCCAAAGUCCCCCAUUGUGUGGUUGUUCCAUGGAUUGAACCCUUGUCCCUUCACACAACAAACGUGUCCUCUAUUCCUUUCGUUUAAAAUAAGGCAGCUAGUAAACCAGACAGCCAAGCACGCUGUGGCUACAUUGGACUCUAGUGAGGUCAAAUCAACACGUCUUGCUAUUCAAACGAGCAAUGGUGCAGAAAUCCGAUUGGUUUUUUCAGCCCUGAGCCACAAAAACUUACACAUUCAUGUGGCAGGAACAAGCAUAUUCAUAGAACAACCACCAUUCGCUUAAAUCAUACGAUCGACACAAGUUGGAUAACUCGACCCCUAACUGUGAUUUAAACUCGCAACCCUCUCGUUGCGAGUCGAACGUUGUAACUCCAGCACUGCCUGCCAGAUAGGCCCCAUAUCAUGAUGCAGAUAUGAUCAUUGCAGCCCAACAAGUGCAAAUAAGUCCUGGCUGCACCGCAUACUUGUGUUGCACUCGCUCUUAUUUUGCCAUGUGCUUGUGUGACGGUCAUGGGAAAUUAAGUUCUCCAACACGUCUUACAAAACGGAGUUCUACAGCGAUUGCGUCGGGAAUGAUAUUUCUUUGUUAAGGGUCAAAACUGUGCUACAAAGGGACAAAUUAAAUUUCGUGGAAAAAAUUGUCAAUCGCUGAUUGAUUUGGGAACUGUCACAACCAAAUCAAGUAAUUUCAUAACAAGCAUACGAGCCGACAGUUGUGCUAAAAAUCCAACCAUUGCAUCCAGCAAACUCACAUUCAUUUGUGAUAUCGGUGAGAAAUUGCAGUCACGAUAAAUAAAAUGAUCUCAUGUUAAGUUACUUUUCUUUGGGUGAAUGCAUAACGUUGUACAAAAUCGGCUAAAAAGAAUUGCGCAGCGUUGAAUGUUGCUGUCAAAAACUGCAAAAACUCCAAUGGCUAAAGACCAACGGUUGCAGCCCUUAAAGGCACACACAUCCAGAGGAGGUUGCUCUCCCUCUCUGUAAAGUAAAACAUAGUUCAACGUUGCCCAUGGUUUAGUUAUGAUAAUUCCUUGAUAGUGUGAAAAUACUUUUUUAUAUUCCAUCUUGAUACAGGGUAUCAGCACGCAACUUGCAUACCGCUACGUAUGGUGCAAAAGAAGUUCCACAUACAAAUAGAGGUAAAUAUUUUCUUAUUUAGUUCCAGUAAUGGGAAGCAGCAAUGUCUUGAAAAAUAUUGCGAGUUUUUUUUCACGUUCACAAAUUGGCAAAUAGAAUGGCCUCCUGAAGGACGGGAUAAUUACUGCAUUUGGAAACGUACCUCCUGUAUUGUCUUGAUUAGCACGGUUGGCUAAGUACGGUGGGAAAGAAGCUAAACAUGCAUACAUAGACCCAGACCCCAACUGCACAGGCCAUUGGCAACCCAUGUAAAUCUCCCAUGAAAAACCCCAUUGUAGAGUUAAUAUGCUACCCACACACACAUAGGUAAUGUACCACUCCGUUUAUACAUUCUAGAUUUGAAGCUUUCGUGACUGCAGGGAUUCAUAUUCUUAGGUUUUUUCGAUAAAGUCACGUAGGUAAAAAACAUUAAAAAGUAAAAUAAAAUAAAAAAUCACGACGUUUCGGAGGCAACACAAGCUUCCGUCUUCAGGUGGUACCGUCACAGCCACGACAGCUGUAUCAAGUAAAUGAGAGAUUGCAGUAGCUACCACUCCGUUUAUAUAAUGGUUGGAGAAGAUCGUGGGGCAAGGGGCACAUACUUAUUAUUAAUAUGGUUAAGGUGAGGCUUAAGACUAAGAAUAGACUGCAUAACAAAGGCUGAGCCUUUGUUACAUGGUUCCAAACCCUGUACAAAUUGGUGAUAUACCACCGCCAUACACAUUUCCACAGAGGUCGUGUACCAACACCCUAGAAACCACACGGUUGUCAUAUAUAAUGUGAGGUUGUGGUGGUGGCGGUGUCACUGGCAGAAUGUUGGUUUGGAGGGGCUGAAGGUUAGGUGUUCACGCAAUAGGUGAGGUGGUUGUGGUGUGGGAGCAAGAAGUGGGCAGCCGGUUUGGCACUGCAGGCCACAUGGCCCAGUAGUCUGCAUACUGGCAUUACUCUACAGGCCAUAUCGCUCAAAUUUGAAACCGCAAUGGCCGUGUGGACUACAGGCUUAUUGGUGUCACUAAACGUGAAAAUACAUGUUUGUGCAUCUGGUUUUAAUGGGCGCAGUUCCUAGCUCUUAAAAGUUGGAUGGGAAGUUACCUGCCCAGGCUCAAAUAAAGAAAUUAUGCGCCGCAAUCUUGUGCAUCGUUCAGAUUCGCAUUUUCCAGAGCUAUUGUAUGGCUCGCGUGGAAGAAACUGCAUUUCUGCAUAAACUCGAAUGGUGAGUAACUAGAUCAGGGGAUCACUCAAUAAUAUAGGAAAUAGAAACUUAAAUGAAUGCAUCCAGAAUAGUUGUAUGCCUUGUAAAGGGUACAAACAGUUAAUGAAAUGGUGGCAGUUUUACCAAUAUGAAUUUGUAUUGACAAAUUGUUCCAUUGCAGUGUCUGGCCACAGUAGACUGAAACGUUAAAACGAAAAAGUCCAUUUGAAGAUGUGUUAAUGGAACUGUAAAAGUAGGUAGUUAUUUUCAUAUGAUGGAGAAAAUCUGUUUUUUAAACGACAAUCCAAUUACAGUGCAUUUAUUUUAAACGUGUAGAUUUCCAUAACGUCAGUUUUUCCCCCCGUACACGAUACUGACAACGUAUAAAUGCAUUGUGAUAUUAAAAAAUUAACCCGUAAAAACAAAGUUUUUCACUAUAAAUCCUUUAUAUGCGUGUUCAAUGGGCCACAACCCA